UUUACACCAAACCUCAAUAAUUUAUUGACAAUAAGGCCAUUGAGAACGUAAACGAAUAAACGUUUUACCUUUGAACAAUAUUGGUUUUCUGAAAUAAUUCCAAAUAUAUAACGUGAAAUAGUUGCGGCCAGCGUGUUUAAGGCAUAAAAUGGCAAAUCGCACGGUGAAAGAUGCCAAAAAUAUACAUGGCACAAAUCCACAGUAUUUGAUUGAGAAAAUCAUUCGGUCACGGAUAUACGAUUCAAAGUUCUGGAAAGAGCAAUGUUUUGCGUUGACGGCAGAGUUACUCGUCGACAAAGCCAUGGAAAUUCGAUACACGGGCGGUGUGUUUGGCAGUAACAUUCGACCCACACCAUUUUUGUGCCUGACACUGAAAAUGCUACAAAUCCAACCGGAAAAAGAUAUUGUGGUUGAAUUCAUCAAAAAUGAAGAGUUCAAAUACGUUCGCGCAUUGGGUGCAUUCUACCUUCGACUCACCGGCACAUCGGUCGAUUGCUACAAAUAUUUGGAACCGCUGUAUAACGACAACCGUAAGUUAAGGCAUCAAAAUCGGGCCGGCAACUAUGAAAUCAUUCACAUGGAUGAAUUCAUUGAUCAAUUAUUGAGAGAUGACCGUGUAUGCGAUAUAAUUAUGCCGCGCGUUCAAAAACGUCAUAUCUUAGAGGAAAAUAAUGAAUUGGAACCAAAGGUGUCGGCAUUAGAUGACGAUUUGGACGACGAGGGCAGUGAUGAUGAACCAAAUCCAGAGGACGAGAUCAGUGAGGAGUUGUAUGAUACAAAAAAGAAACACAAACGAGACUCUGACCGACGGGAUGAACGAAAAGAAACGGAUAGACGCGAAUCGGACCGGCGAGAAUCUGACCGGCGUUAUGACCGAAAAUAUGAUGAUAAAGAUCGCAAGAGUGACAAAUACAGCGAUAAAUAUUCACGUGACAGAGAUUAUGAACGAUCAAGAUACGAAUCAAAUAGGAGAGACGAAAGAAACGAUAGAAAUGAUAGAAGUGACAGGAAAAGAGAUCGAGACUAUGACAGAGAUAGAAGCGACAGAAAACGACAUCGCGAUGAUGAUUACGAGUACAAGAGACGGCAUUAGAUUAGUCCAUCUGAAUGAUUUAUAUGAUUAUUUUUUUUUCUCUCAAUAAAACAACAGCUCUUUUCAUCCAA